AUGGAUGAAGAUAUAGGAGAUGAACUUGAUCAAAUUUCUGUAUCUGAAUCUGCCAUAUGUGAAGUUGAGCAAACUAAACUAAUGCCACACUUUCUUGUACCUACAAUGCCUAUGGAGGUGGAUAGAGAAAUAAAACAACUGAAAAAUACUCAAAGUGUGGGUUACGAUGGUGUUUGCACUAAAGUUAUAAAUAUCAAUGAGAAUUUUGACGGUUUCACAGUAUUAUUGAAAAGACAUGACAUUGACUGUGACAUUAGUAUUCUGACCGAAAGCUGGCUUGUUUCUGAUCCUUUAUUGCCUAAUUUAAAUGGAUAUAGUAGUUAUGCAACAACAAAACAUGCAUUGCAGAAUGACGAAAUCGUAGUAUAUCCAAAAUCUGAUAUCAAUAUUACAUUUGAAGAACCGACAUUUCUAGAAGGAAACUGUCUUGUUAUGAAACUCGGCCACGAAACCGCAAUUAUAGCUAUAUAUCAUUAG